AAGUGUGCUGAUAUGAGCAGGAGGAGUGUAUGGCACUGUUUACAGGUCUUUGGCUCUCUGUCCAUGAUAGGUAAUAAAAGCCACCCCAGCGGGGGCUGGACGGCCCUCCACCUGGCCAGUUACUUUGGGCAGAAAGAAGUUGUUGAGGAACUGCUGAAGAAAGAAGUUGAGGUGAACAUCCAGAAUGAUCUGGGGGACACGCCUCUCCACCUUGCGGCCCUGUCAGGGAGAAAGGAGGUUGUUCUGCUGCUCUUGCGGUAUGGAGCCUGUGCCACCGUAAUCAACGGAGCUGCUCAGACCCCUAGGGCUGUCACAGAAGAUGAUGAAAUCAUUACUAUGCUGGAAGCUUCAGAGAGGAGAGAGAGCAGGAAGAUGGAGGAAAAACUUCUGGGAGCAGCGCAAGAGGGAGACUCCACCACCGUGGCUCAGCUGUUCUGUAAGUUGAGGCCUCCAGAUAUCCACUGCAAGGACCCAGACGGAAACACGGCACUGCACAUAGCGUCCUGCAGGGGGCACAGUCGCUGUGUGGAUGAGCUGCUGAGGAAUGGAGCCAGUCCUGCUGCCAAGAACAAGCGUGGCCAGUCUGCACUAGACCUUACUGAAGAUGAUGAAAUUAGGAAUCUUCUGGAAAGAAGUCAAGAAAAGAGAGCAGCCAGCACAGCCAGAAGAUAUGAAGGAGUGUUGUGGAAGAAGUCCAAUUUCUUGGCCUGGGCUUCGGUUUGGGUGGUUCUGGAGGACGGGAACUUAAGCUGGUACUCAAAACAGUCUGAUGCUGAGUACAGUGAUCUUAGACUGGGCUGUAAGCCUCUUAUAGGGGCUCAGUGUGUGGUGAAAGGCUGGGAUAAAUACUUCUUUACGCUCAAGUGUUGUGAUGACAGCAUUCAUCACUUCAAGGUGUCCUUUAGCUGUGGUGAACCGGAGAUCAUCAGAAAAAAAUGGCUGGACGCCAUAGAGGAGCAUUCAGCAUGCAGAGCCCGCUGUGGCAAACCGGAAAUCACCCGUGCCGAGGAAGAGGAGGCAGCUGAGGAGGAGCCGGCUCUGGGCGACGUGUCAGACUGCCUGCAGGCAGCUGAAAGCUUCCAGCUGAAGUUGGAGUCUCAGGUGGCCUCCUUUGUUUCUAUGGUGAAGACUGAGGAUAACAACAAUAUGGCAGGCCCUGAACUGCUGAAGGCCAGAGAGAUAUGUGAGCUGUGCAGUGAGACGAGCUCGGCUCUGAGACGCUGCCUGGAUCUGCUCUCCAGACGUGAAGAGGUGUGGAGCGUGAAGUUGGAGCAGGAGGUGGAGAAGAAUAAGAUUCUAUCGGACGCUCUUCAGACGUUAGCAACUGAGCGUCAACGGCUAAAGCAGGCUCUCUCUAACGGCAGGAAGUCUCCCACCCCCAGCACUCUCACUGAGGAUGAGUUCUUCGAUGCUGUCAGUGUUUCCUGUCUGAGAGCGGACCCUCUCUCCGAUAGAGCGGCGGGACCACUCGCAAGACCACUCGCUCUACAUCAUCCUCCUAAACCCCAGGGCACUGCCAGCAUGUCUGGGGAUGGUAACCAUGGCGACAAGGCCCACCAUAACGGAGUCAAGAAACACAGAUCAUGUCUUCCUGCUCCCAUGUUCUCAAGAAAUGAUGUCAGCAUCUGGAGCAUCCUCAAAAAGUGCAUCGGCAUGGAACUGUCUAAAAUUGCCAUGCCAGUCCUCUUUAAUGAACCUCUGAGUUUCCUGCAACGACUGACUGAGUAUAUGGAACACAUGUACCUCAUUCACCAAGCCAACACCUCCACAGACUCCAUCCAGAGGAUGAAGUGUGUGGCCGCGUUCGCCGUGUCUGCUGUUGCUUCCCAGUGGGAGAGAACUGGCAAGCCCUUCAAUCCUCUGCUGGGUGAAACCUACGAGCUGAUCAGGGAGGACCUGGGCUUCAGGUGGGUUUCUGAGCAGGUGAGCCACCACCCUCCCGUCAGUGCGUUCCACGCUGAAGGCCUGAAGGACGACUUCCUGUUCCACGGCUCCAUUUACCCUAAACUCAAGUUCUGGGGGAAGAGUGUGGAGGCGGAGCCACGUGGCAUCAUUACCCUCGAACUGCCCAAACACAAUGAAGCUUACACCUGGACCAACCCCACCUGCUGCGUCCACAACAUCAUAGUGGGUCAGCUGUGGAUCGAGCAGUACGGCAAUGUGGAGGUGAUUAACCAUAAGACUGGAGAAAGGUGCGCUCUGACGUUCAAGUCAUGCGGCAUUUUCGGCAAAGAGCUACACAAAGUGGAGGGAUAUAUACUCGAUAAAAGCAAGAAGAAGAUCUGUGCCAUCUACGGCAAGUGGACGGAGUGCCUGUACACCGUGGAUCCAGCUACGUUUGACCUUCACAAGAAAGCAGAUAAGAAACCUGCUGAGGAGAAGAAAAGCAGUAAGCAGAGCAGUGUGGAUGAGGAGCCUGAGGAGAUGCCUCCUCCAGAGGCCGAGACCGUUCAGGUCAUUCCAGGCAGUGAACUCGUCUGGAGGAUAUCCCCCAGACCCGAUAACUCAGCUCAGUACUACGCCUUCUCCACGUUUGCCAUGCAGCUGAAUGAGCUGGAGGAAGACAUGAAGGAGAGUCUGCCGACCACAGACUGCCGCCUGAGGCCCGACAUUCGCGCCCUGGAGAACGGAGACAUAGAUUCAGCCAGUGCUGAGAAGAAGAGACUGGAGGAGAAACAAAGAGUGGCUCGAAAGAACCGAUCCAAAUCCAGUGAAGACUGGAAGACAAGGUGGUUCAAUCAAGGAGCCAACCCACACAAUGGAGGACAAGACUGGCUAUACUGUGGAGGCUACUGGAGCAGGAACUACUCGCAACUACCUGACAUUUACUAACUUUACCACCUUCACACUUCUACAAAACCACUCAUAAUCCACUCCUGUGCAUAACAAUUCCCAGCCCGUUCGGACAGAACCGGCUCUAGUUAUCUUGCAUGUUCAAUGAGAAGCAGUCCACUCGGAGCGGGACGGAUAAGGAGAGGGCAUACGUGUUCACUUGACCAUUAUCUCCAGAGCAGAACAUGCGACAUGGGCCAUGAUGAUGAGUGCUGCUGUACCAGUCUUUCAAGCACAGUUAACCAAAUCUGGUUUUGUAUUUACGCACCACCUUUCUACAGUUUGCUCAGGUGGGAGACGGAGGCCGUUGUUCUUGAAUAUGCAGUUGUGUGAGGUGACGUUUGUGUAUCCAGAGACUUGCAUUGAUUUUAACUUCAGAGAAUAAUUUCCAUACAUAUCAUAUCAGAGUUCUAUUUCAAUAGGUGUAGCAAAACAACUGUGUAAAUAAUAAGAACAUAGAUGGUUGACUUAAUGUUUAGACUUGACUUCCAUUCACUGAAUAAAAUAAACAGUAGUCUUCUUUUUCUUAAAGUGGUAAAAAGCCACUUAUAAUCCUAGUAGCAGGCUAAAGUUGAGAAAAAUAAAAUUAGAAAAAAUAAAAUUCUAGUAACAUUGUAAAUGCUAGUUCUAGAGCUAGGCUAAUCUUAAUGCUGGGCUAUAAAAAAGGAAUGAAUCUCUAAAGCCUUAUUCAGUCUUUAGCCCAGUACUAGGUUUAAACAAACAGGCUCAAAGAAGUAGGUACUACUCAGUACGUAGGUACUAGGAGCCACGGAUUGUGAUUUAUUAGGCCUAGAUACUAAAUGUAAAAGUAGAAGUUGCUUAUAAUAUAUACAGUAAAAUACUGUAGAACUUUGAUGGUGAAUGCUGUAAAGCUCUUGAAGGUGUAGACUGAAGAAUGUUUAGCCUAAAGAUCAACCAAUAGUACUGAAAGAUUUCAGAGUUGUUAAUUACAGAUUGUUAAUUAAUAAAAGCAUAGGCCAGGUAACUAUACGAGGUGUCUCAAACGUAAUGAAACACUAAUACUAUAAAAUGAAAACGGUUUGGUAGAUGACAAUCCAUUUUUUACAAUAUUGGCCUUGUCCAACAUUGCUACUGCAGUGUAAGCAUACAGGCUACAUUAAUUUGUGACUGGUAUGGUGCAGUGGAUAACAAACUCCACCUCCUGUCUGUGGGCUACCACAUCAUGUGUGAGACUGCGGUUCAGUUCCUGCUCUGGGUGACUGGAUGCUGCACUACACCAAAAAAUUCCUUGGGCAAGACAUGUCGCUCUGGAUAAGAGCGUCAGCUAAAUGGCAUAAAUGUAAAUGUAUUAUCAACCUCAUCCAACAUUGCCACCGCUGUGUUAGCACACCAACUACUGGCCUCUUCCAGCAUUGCUACACCAGCUAUAGGCCUCAUCCCACAUUACUAUUGGUCUUGUCCAACACUGCUACUGCAGUGUUAGCACGCUGGCUACAUAUUAUUAUCAACCUCAUUCAACAUCACUACUGCAGUGUUACCACACUGACUACAGGCCUUGUCCAACAUCACUACUGCCGUGUUACCACAUCGACUACAGCUACUGCAUUGUUAGCAUGCUGGCUACCAACCUCUUUCAACAUCACUACUGUGUUGUUAGCACACUAACUACAGGCCCCAUCCAACAUCACUACUGAAGUGUUAGCACACCCACUACAGGCCUCAUCUAACAUCACUACAGUGGUGAUACCACACUGAAUACAGGCCUUGCCCACAUUACCACAUUGCCUUGUUCAACAUUGCCUCUGCAGUGUUAGCACACUGGCUACAUAUUAUUAUCAAUCUCAUCCAACAUUGCUACAUUGGUGUUAGCACGCCAACUACAGGCCUCAUCUAACAUCACUACAGCGGUGUUACCACACUAAAUACAGGCCUCGUCCCACAUUACUAUUAGACUUGUCCAAAAUUUCUACUGAGGUGUUAGCAUACUGGCUACUGGCCUCAUCUAACAUCACUACAAUGGUGUUACCACACCGACUACAGGCCUCAUCUAACAUCACUACUGUUGUGUUACCACACUGACUACAGGCCUCAUCCAACAUCACUACUGUUGUGUUACCACACUGACUACAGGCCUCAUCCAACAUCACUACAGUGGUGUUACCACACUGACUACAGGCCUCAUCCAACAUCACUACAGUGGUGUUACCACACUGACUACAGGCCUCAUCCAACAUCACUACUGUUGUGUUACCACACUGACUACAGGCCUCAUCCAACAUCACUACAGUGGUGUUACCACACUGACUACAGGCCCUGUCCCACAUUACUAUUGGCAUUGUCCAAAAUUACUGCUGCGGUGUUACUACCAUGUCAGUAACCAGGCUUGCCCCACAUUGUUAACGCUUCUUUGUUUUUGAUGACUUGGUGGAAAUUUAUCAGGAAAGAGUAACAUGAAUCAGGCCACUGAUUGUAUGGUGGAAUUCUCUACCAGUUUGAUGUGUCAAACAUUUACCUUCACAUUAAAAAAAGUUGAAUCCAAGAUGGCGGUCAUGUUGAAUGCUGCUACAUUGGUGACAUGGCCGAACAGGCUUUUCCCUUGUCCCAAAGUUUGUGUCUGCCAAACUGUAUUCAUUUUAAAUGUUUAAUUAAUUUCUUACAUUUGAGACUCCAUCAAUAACUGUUAUAUUUGGGUUGUUUAUCCACUUUCAAGCAUUAAAACAACCAAUAUUCCCAAUAUUAUACAGGUCUAUACAAGUGGAACCUGUUUAUCAUAAAAUGCACUUUUUCUUUAAACGACCCCCAUGCCACACCCACUAAUAGACUUCAAAAUAAAAGCACAAAACAGUUUAAACUAUGCAAAAACAAAUGUCAGCAGUGUGCUUGGUACACUGACUAGACGCUCUCAUACUCAGAGCAUUUAUUACUCUUUUAAUUAUCUCUGACUGCUGGAUUCUGUGAAAUUCAAUUUGCUUUGAAAUUAGCUGCAAUUUCUCCUCUUUUGAAAAUAUUUAUUAAUAUUAAUAUAUAUAUAUAUAUAUCUAAUAAGUUAAUAUAAUAAGAGAGAAUGCAAAUGUGGAUAUAAGUCAGAUGGGUUUUAACAAAAAUUCACCUCAGUACCUUUAGAAGAGUUCUUUUUAGGAGCAGUAUGGUAUAAUUAGCUACAGUAACCUGUACAGAGUGUACACUAGACUGCAGACGCUGUAGCAUCUGAGCCCUGUUUUUGCACGUUUUUAACUGUACUGUAAAAUCUUUGUGAAUAUAAUAGGACAGAAAUCAGCUGUUUGUAUUGUUGCUAAAUAAAGGCGUACUCUUCCCUACA